AUGGAAAGAGACGCUGACCCAUGCAGAACAGUUUCGGCAGAAAAUGUUGUAAACAUGGACGAACUACUAACGGUUGAACAGAAUAAAUUGUCAGCAGCUGUCAGCAGAAACAUCAAGACAGAUUCAAUAAAGGAACAAGAUGAAGGCGAAGUAGAAGAAGAAAUAAAUCUUGAAACCUAUUCUCUGUUGUGGUGUGAUGAAAACGUUAAUAAAACAGAUGAAAAUCGUGAAAUACAAACAGAAUUACGUCGUGCAAUUAACUAUCUGAAAGCAUUUGAUUCAAUUGAUCUGUGCAAACAUUAUAUUCAGCGUAAGUCAAAUGAAGAAAUUAUUUUGAUUGUAUCGGGACGUACUGGAUCACAAUUGAUAAAGUUCGUUACUAAUAGUUCAGUCGAGUUGAUCGAGCAAAUUACGAACGGUCAGUUGAAACUCAACAAGAUUAUAAGACAAGAUUUAAAACUGGCUGUAUUUAAUCCAGCAACGUUAAUCAGAAGGACACCAUUAACAACGACCACACUAGUAUCCUCAAAAGAAUAUUCACAUCAAAAUCUCGACAGUAAUUUUAUGUGGUUUCAGUUAAUGGUUGAAGUUUUUUUGAGAAUGAACGAUGAAACAAGGAAGAAUGGUUUAAACGAACUGAUUGCAAACUGUAAAAAACAGUUUAGUGGUAAUCAUAAUGAUUUAGCAAUUAUUGAAGGAUUAGAAGAAUGCUAUCAUCCGCAAGCUGCUCUCUAUUUGUAUACGAGCGAUUCAUUCUUGUACAAAAUGUUAAAUCGUGCCCUACGAUGUCAAGAUGUGAGCACAUUAGUCACAUUAUGUUUUUUUAUUCGUGAUAUACAUGAUCAAUUGAAAUUUGAACAAAAACUUUUUCCAAGCGAUACAACGUUUCUUUCAACGACAAAAAAUCGACAAAUGGCUUUAGAAGUGUAUACCGGUGCAGGUUGCAGAUCAUCUUUGAGCGAACAAGCUGUUUUGUUUGAAAUUGAAGCUAAUACUAGCACAGAAGGUGCUAAACCAUUUGCUGAUAUUACUAAAGAGAGUGCUUUUGAGGACGCGGAACAAGAAAUAUUAUUUAUGCUUGGCAGUGUAUUUAAAAUUUUGGAUGUUUCAAGAAACAAAGAAAGGAUGCUAUGGAUAAUUAAACUAGUUUUGUCGGGAGAAAAAGAGAGCGAACUGAAGCCUGUAUUUGAGUAUAUAGGAAAGGAAAUCUCUGACACUACAGACCUUUCCUCGAUUGGAUCUCUUUACAUGGCAAUGGGGAAAAUUAACGAAUCAGAAAGAUAUUACAAGCACGUCUUAGAUUCUUUACAACAGGAUGAUCCUCGUGCUCCAGGUUGUUAUAACAAUCUUGGUCUAAUUGCUUUCUUCGGAGAGGGUGAUUAUGAUAAAGCUUAUUUAAACUACACAAAAGCACUAGAGUUGGAAAUGAAAUUACCAGUUCCCGAUCAGUCAAAUAUCGCCAAUUAUUACUAUAAUCUAGGCACUGUUCUUAGAGAUAAGAUGCAAUAUUACCAAGCGUUAGACAACUAUUCUAAGUCGCUGAAUUUAAGUGUAAUACAUUUUGGAUAUGACCAUAUUAGAACAGAAACAUGUUAUUACGCUCUUGGGAACGUCUACAUGGACUUACAAAACUAUGAUUUAGCUGUGGAGAACUACAAUCAUUGUUUAGAAAUCCAAAAACAGUUUCUUCCCGAAAAUCAUCCCGAUUUAGCACUUACACUAAACUGCAUUGGCUUGUUAUAUAAAAAAAAAGAUAAUAACUACGAACUAGCUAUGUCUUAUUAUACAAAAGCAUUAUCAAUUCAAUUAGCAUGUACUCCAGAUAGCGAUGAGACGGCUGAUACAUAUGUGAAAAUUGGUGCACUAUUGGCUGGAGAAUAUAAAAAUUAUCCAGAGGCUAUCAUUAACUACGAAAAAGCAUUACAAAUAUAUGAUAAGGCUCAAUUGCCCGAAAAUCAUCCGAGCUUAAUAUUACUACAUAAAAACAUUGCACUUUUGCAUAAACGUAGAGAUGACAAAGAGUUAGCUCUUAAGGAGUACAUGCUAAUUGAAUUGAUAAUGCUUUUGUAUAAUAAGACAUAG